GGUCAUGUUGGAACAGCCAAAUGGUUGCUUACCAAUGGAGCAGACCCGCAUGUUAAAUCUUCGCUUGGAAUCACAAACCUUCACAACGCAGCAAUUAGGGGAGACCUAAAACUUGUGAUGAUUCUGCUUGAGAAUGGUGUGCCUGUUAACUCUCACUCUGUUAUGAUGGGAACCCCACUUGCCUGCGCUGUUAAAUCUGGUUCAUUUGCUUGCUUCAAUGCUUUAGUUCAGGCAGGUGCAGCUCCAGAGACUAUGGAAUACCCACUACAUGAUGCGGCAAAAUGUGGCAGCAUCGAAAUAGUCAACUAUUUUCUUGAAGCUGGGUAUGAUCCAAAUAGCUGUAACAAAGAUGGUUCGAAACCAAUACUGAUCGCCGCAUCCAACAAUGAUCUUGCAGUUGUGCAAGUCCUCUUUCCACUUACCAUGCAACUCUCAGAUUUUCCUAACUGGACUGUUAAUUGUAUAAUGGAAUAUGCAUUGCGCAAAAAUAAGGAAAUGGUGGCAGAUCAAGCACAUAUAGAAGAAGCUGAUCCAUGGAGAUCCCAGUUUGUUAAGAGGGCCGCAAAGGAACUUUCAGAUAAGGAAAUUGAACAUGAGCUUGGUAGAAUGUUAGUGAAAGACGAGGAUGAAUUCUUCAAAGAGUGGUCACCAAUGAAAAAGAGGUUGUUCUAUGAGUCAACCUUGGUUAGACCCACCAGUCUCAAGCAAAUUGCAGAACCUGAUGGUGGAAAAGUAAAGAACAGCGUCAUUUUCGAUCUGACAUACGAGAGGAAGGCUCAAAUCAGCUAUCUGAGAGCGAUCAGCCAUUAUCGAGCUUGGCAUGUUUCUGGUUCGGAUCUAAUAUAUGAAGUUGGUCCUGAAGGGAAGAAAUUCUGUGUAUCAAGAAAGGACCAAACCUUCGUGUUCUGGGUUCGAUACUCGGGGCAAGAUGUAGGACUCGUGAUUGACGGACAGAGUGUGUGGGUUGAGGGUUUCCUAAGGAGAAGUCGUGCUGAAGAUGGUAAAUAUUCAUAUCGCCCAUCUAUCCAGUUCAGUGAUGUUCGCAAAGAGGAAAGAAACAGUCAUAAUCAACAGGCGGCACUGUCAGACAAAAAUGGAACUCCAUACAUUGUUGAUACUGGCUUGCUAGAGGCUGAUUAUGGAGGCAACUACGCAGGUGCUGUCUCCCAAAUGAAGGUAUCACUCCACACGACUCGCGCUGCAGUUGUUGCAGUUGCUGGUCAUGACAAGAAAGAGUCGUUACAUAAGGAUUGCCAUGUUGCGUGCGACAACCUUGUGUUGUUCGCAACAGAGGCGGGAAAAAAUCUCUGGGUAUUUCAAUAUACCAUGCAUUCCCUUGAUCCUAAGCUGCAAAUGCCGAUUUCCAUUCCUUCUAGCUUAGAUGGCACUGUCACCAAUCACCAGCAGGUAUCUAGCAGUGUUUUGUCAGCGCUUGAAAAAGUAACAGGGAAAAAGAUAAAUGAUCUUGAGAGAGGUGGCUACAAGAUUGUCAAAGGUGCUGUAUUCAGGACACUGUGGCAAUGCAUCAAUGCAUAUGUGAUCUUGCGUAGAAAAGCUGUUUUCAAGACAAAGUUCUUUCUGAAUAGCAAGGUGUCAGAAUACAGGACACAAGUGAGAGACAAGCCACAGAAGCAACGCCAUGAAACUACUGAAGAAUUCAAAGAAAGGUCGCGUGAAGAGAGUCUGAAAACAGGAACUCUAUUUGAUGCUAAAUCCCAUGCUGGUUUUAACUGCUACAAAGAUCCACAUUCUUGUAAGCCUCAAAUACCAUCAAGGGAGAUGUGGUAUCACGCAGAUGAGCUGUUUUACCGUUCUGAGGAAUAAGUGAAGCUUAGAUGAUGAAUCUCAAGUACAAGAGCAGGAGUUUGUUUUUAGAGAGGAUAAGAUCAGUUCGAGGCCAGCUUACCUCGAGAGAAGAGACGCCAUGCCCAUCAUCAGCCUGUGUGCGCCGCUUCAGUAAAAUGAAAGAAAGGCAUUGUAAAUUGGACAAUUACUAAAUUGAACUGACACAAGCGCUAGCUUCCACCUUGUAAUAUAGUACAUGUAGUAGUAGUACUGAAGCACAACUAACUAUAGGAAGUAGGAGGUGCAUGGAGCUCCAAAGGAAAGGAUGUUUCAUCAGACAAAUCUGCUGUCAUAUUAAUGGAGUGGAGUACCAUCAUUGGUACAGUAGUAAUCAUCAUAGCUAUGAUAACUAAGUGCACUCUUAUGUCUAUGCUAAUGAGUGGCAAUUUUGUUGGU